AUAUCCGAUGGUUCUGGUUCCGGUUCUGGAGGAGGUGGAAGAUGGAAGAAACUGACAUUUUCUGUUCUUACUUUUGACAAAUUAUUCCAACCCCAACCAACUUCAAAAUCCUCUCUCUCACACUCACUCACUCGCUCGCUGUGUACUUUAGCGGCCUUUUUGUUUUCUCUCUCUUACUUUAUCUUUCCUUUCUCUCUGGGCACCACGCUUCACGAAUAGCUUUCUCUCUUGUUGAUUUGAUCCUGAAACGCUUUGUUUUCGGUUUCUUUACUUCACCAGAUCUAGUGUUACUCUCUCUCUAGGUUGUUUCACCUUUUGUUUGCUUCUUCUGCUUGGAUCGAGGAGGAAACCGGCUGUGAUUUCGCUUACUGGAACUGCAUUGUGGGCGAGAUCCAUGUAGGGUUUCUUAAAUUCGAGACUUCGUGCUGCUGUCUGCGUGAAAUUUAACUUAAGUAGUUUUAUAACACAAGCAUGGAGGACUCAUUGGGGCAACUGGGUGAAGAUUUGGUGAGAAAACCCGAACCUUCUGCGGAAGAGUCCUCUACUAAUUCAUUAGAGACUGUGGAAAGGGUUACAAAACCUUGUGUGUCUGUGAAUUCGAAGAAUUUAGCAGCCUCUGGCUCUAUUAGAAAGAAAGCAGACCGUAGAAGUGGAUUGGAAGCUAGCGCUACUACAACAAAAACGAAAACAACAGUUUCAUUGCGAAGUUCAAAUUCAGUUUCAGUGGCGAGAAGAAACAGUACUGGAGGGUUGCCUGAGAAGUCAGCAUCUGCUUCAAAUGGGAAAACGGGUGUUGGAAUGGUUGCAGCCAAGAAGAGCACCACUUUAGCCGCCACUGUUUCAGCUGAACCAGUUCGGCGGUCUCUUCCAGAACUUAGGCGAAAUUCCUUGAGUGCAGUUCCUACAAAAACUUCAACUCGAGGAAGCCUUUCUGAUACCAGGAAGUCAGUUCCAGUGCCGCUUGUCGGCCGGAGUUUGAGAACCUCAACUGGUGCUGAUGUGUCAAAAAUCAAGCAAGAUGUUGUCAGGAAGCCUUCAGUAAAGCCAGUACUAUCUGCUCCUGCCGCUUCGUCUUCUUCUUCUUCAUCUUUGAAAAAGAUUUCUUCUAGAUCCUUGGAUAGCAGCAGCAGUGGGAGUAAGAGGACCAUCUCAAAAAAUGUUUUUUCCCCAUCAGCUCAAUCGCCUUCAGUGUCCAGUGGAUUGAGAGGGUCUUUGGGGUCAUCUUUGGAUAGGAGUUCUAAUUUAUCUGGACGACGGAGAGCAACAAUUUCUGAAAGCCGCGAUUCUAGGCUUAUUGUUCUUCCACAAGUGGAGAUUAAAGCAGGCGAUGAAGUGAGAUUGGACCUUCGAGGUCAUAGAGUUCGCACUCUUAAUGCUAGUGGGCUAAACUUGACACCGCAUUUGGAGUUUGUUUAUCUUCGAGACAAUCUUUUAUCUACUCUGGAAGGAGUUGAGAUACUAAACCGAAUGAAGGUUCUUGAUUUGAGUUUCAAUUCUUUCAAAGGGCCUGGAUUUGAACCUCUUGAAAAUUGUAAAAACUUGCAGCAACUUUAUCUUGCUGGCAAUCAAAUUACCUCACUUGCAAGCCUUCCUCAGCUUCCUAACUUGGAGUUUCUCUCAGUUGCUCAGAAUAAGUUAGCAUCUCUUUCAAUGGCCAGUCAGCCUCGACUACAGGUUUUGGCUGCCAGCAAAAACAAAAUAACAACUCUACAGGGUUUCCCACAUUUACCGGUCCUUGAGCAUUUACGAGUGGAGGAGAACCCCAUUCUGAAGAUGCGUCAUCUAGAAGCAGCUUCCAUUUUGCUCAUUGGUCCUACUUUAAAGAAGUUUAAUGAUAGAGAUAUUUCCCUGGAGGAGGUAGCAAUUGCAAAGCGUUAUCCCCCACAUACUGCUUUGUGCAUUAGAGAUGGCUGGGAGUUUUGCCGUUCAGCGUCUGCCAAAGACUCUACUUUUCGCUUUUUGUUCGAACAAUGGAAGGAUCAUUUGCCUCCAGGCUAUCAUCUCAAAGAAGCCAUUGUGGAUCAACCUGUUGAAGAAGACAUUUGUCACUGCCACUUUGUAUUUGUUGAAGACAAUCCUCAAAAUGUUGAUCAACAAUUAGGUUUGAAAUAUCAAUGGUUUCUGGGAGAAAGAACAGCAUCAAAUUUUGUUGUUAUUCCUGAUGCUACUGGUGAGGUUUACUGGCCAAAGCAUGAGGAGAUCGGUAGAAUUCUAAAAGUGGAAUGUACACCCAUACUAGGAGAAAUUGAGUAUCCUGCUAUUUUUGCUAUAUCUUCACCAGUUUCACGAGGAAGUGGAAUUCCAAAGAUUGUGAACCUAGAAAUUCGUGGGGAUCUUGAGGAGGGAAAUGUUGUCAGGGGCUAUGCUGAGGUUGCAUGGUGCGGUGGAACUCCUGGGAAAGGUGUUUCUAGUUGGUUAAGAAGAAGAUGGAACAGCAGCCCAACGGUUAUUGUUGGAGCUGAAGAUGAAGAGUAUAAGUUGACCAUUGAUGACAUUGAUUCGAGUUUGGUUUAUAUGUAUACACCAGUCACUGAAGAAAGUGCCAGGGGGGAGCCUCAGUACAAGUAUACUGAUUUUGUCAAAGCAGCUCCUCCAUCGGUCCAUAACGUCCAAAUGAUUGGAGAUGCUGUUGAAGGAAGUAUUGUAAAGGGAGUUGGGAAUUACUUUGGAGGAAGAGAGGGUCCCAGCAAGUUUCAGUGGUUACGGGAGAACAAGGAAACUGGAGAGUUUGCGUUAAUAUCAGCUGGUACAUCAGAAUACAGUUUGACCAAUGAAGAUGUUGGGCGACGAUUAAUUUUUGUAUAUAUACCUAUCAACUUUGAAGGGAUAGAAGGAGAAGCAGUAUCCGCAACGUCGGAUAUAGUUAAGCAAGCACCCCCAAAAGUAACAAAUGUUAAGGUAAUUGGUGACUUAAGGGAAAACAGUAAGAUUACUGUAACUGGUACUGUCACCGGUGGAACAGAUGGUUCUAGCAGAGUGCAGUGGUUUAAAACAAGUUCUUCAACCUUGGCUGGUGAGGAUGUUCUGGAAGCAUUGAGCAUAUCAAAGGUUGCUAAGUCAUUCCGCAUACCUUUAGGGGCGGUUGGCUAUUAUAUUGUUGCAAAAUAUACUCCGAUGACUAUGGAUGGUGAGGGCGGUGAACCAUCAUAUGUUAUAUCUGAGAGAGUGGUUGAGACCCUCCCCCCAAGUCUAAAUUUCUUAUCCAUCACGGGCGACUGCGUUGAAGGUGGAAUACUCACAGCAUCAUAUGGCUACAUAGGAGGUCAUGAAGGAAGAAGUCUUUAUAAUUGGUACCUUCAUGAGGUUGAAACCGACAUUGGUAGUUUGCUGCCUGAAGUUUCAGGAGUUCUUCAAUAUCGCAUCACAAAAAAUGCGAUUGGUAAGUUCAUCUCAUUUCAAUGUGUGCCAGUACGUGAUGAUGGAAUUGUUGGUGAACCAAGAAGUUGCACGGGGCAGGAACGUGUUCGUCCUGGAAGCCCAAGAUUACUUUCCCUACAAAUAGUGGGGUCUGUUGUUGAAGGCACGACACUAACUGUCGACAAAAAGUAUUGGGGAGGUGACGAGGGGGAUUCGGUUUUUCGCUGGUUUCGGACUAGUUCAGAUGGCACUCAAAUUGAAAUUCGAGCUGCCACAACCUCAGGAUACAUGCUUUCGGUUGAGGACAUUGGCUUCUUUAUUUCGGUCUCAUGUGAGCCUGUAAGAAGUGACUGGGCCCGUGGUCCUGUUGUUCUUUCUGAACAAAUUGGUCCUAUCAUUUCUGGCCCCCCAACUUGUCAGUCUCUGGAGUUUCUUGGGUCGCUGAUGGAGGGACAGCGUUUGAGCUUUGUUGCUUCUUAUAGCGGAGGGGAGAGAGGAAAUUGCUUCCAUGAAUGGUUUAGGGUGGAAAGUGAUGGUGUCAGGGAGGAACUAAGCACCAAUGAGUUUCUGGAUUUGAGUUUGGAGGAUGUAGGAAGAUGCAUCGAACUUGUUUACACUCCCAUGCGCAAAGAUGGUAUGAAAGGGAGUUCGAGGAGCAUAAUUUCUGAUGUGAUUGCUCCUGCGGACCCGGUGGGAUUGGAGCUUAUAAUUCCUGAUUGCUGUGAGAACAAGGAGAUAGUCCCACAGAAAACAUAUUUUGGAGGGCAAGAAGGUGCCGGAGAAUAUAUUUGGUAUAGAACCAAAAACAAGAUAUAUGGAUCUGAAUUGAUGAAUAUCUUUAAUGCUAGUGAAGAUGUUUUUAUAUGUGGCAAAACAUUAGUGUAUACUCCGUCACUGGAAGACGUGGGGACUUAUAUGGCCUUAUAUUGGCUGCCAACUCGUGCUGACGGAAAAUGUGGAAAGGCUUUGGUUGCCAUUUCCAGUUUCCCCGUUGUGGCAGCUCCUCCAUUGGUUUCUAAUGUUCAUGUGAAGGAGUUGUCUUCGGGAGUUUAUUAUGGAGAAGGAGAGUAUUUUGGAGGAUACGAGGGAUCGAGCCUCUUCAGCUGGUACAGAGAAACAAAUGAGGGAACCAUUGUUCUUAUUAAUGGGGCUAGCUCUAGAACGUACGAUGUCAUGGAUUCAGAUUACAAUUGUCGCUUGUUAUUUGGGUAUACACCAGUUCGUUCAGAUUCAGUUGUUGGAGAGCUAAGAUUGUCUGAGCCAACUGAUAUUAUUCUACCAGAGCUUCCGAGAGUGGAGAUGGUUGCUCUUACUGGAAAGGCGAUAGAAGGUGAUGUACUCACAGCUGUUGAAGUGAUACCAAAGACUGAAGCCCAACAAUGUGUUUGGAGCAAGUAUAAGAAAGAUGUCAGAUAUCAAUGGUUCUGUUCUUCACUUGCAGAAGAGAAAGAGUCCUUCGCGCUUUUACCCUCACAACAUUCCUGCUCUUACAAGCCACGGCUAGAGGACAUUGGUCGAUGUAUCAGGUGUGAAUGCAUUGUGACUGAUGUUUUUGGGAGGACAAGUGAGCCGGCAUAUGCUGAGACUGCUGCCGUAUUACCUGGUUUUCCUAGGAUAGAUAAGCUUGACAUUGAGGGACGAGGGUUUCAUACCAAUUUGUAUGCUGUUCGUGGCAUUUAUAGUGGAGGAAAGGAAGGCAAAAGCAGAAUUCAGUGGCUUAGAGCUAUGGUUGGAAGUCCUGAUCUUAUCUCCAUACCAGGAGAGACGGGAAGAAUGUAUGAAGCUAAUGUUGAUGACGUAGGUUACAGAUUGGUUGCUGUUUAUACUCCUGUGAGAGAGGAUGGUUUUGAAGGGCAGCCUGUUUCUGCAUCGACAGAGUCAAUUUUAGUUGAACCUGAUGUGCUUAAAGAAGUAAAGCUGAAGCUUGAUCUUGGAUCUGUGAAGUUUGAGGUGCUAUGCAACAAGGAUCCUUCUCCAAAAAAGGUUCCUGGAGAGGGUACCCUUGAGAGAAGGAUUUUAGAAGUCAACCGAAAAAGAGUUAAGAUUGUUAAGCCGGGUUCCAAGACCUCUUUCCCAACCACUGAAAUCCGUGGAAGUUAUGCUCCUCCUUUUCAUGUGGAGCUUUUCCGAAAUGAUCAGCAUCGCCUUAGGAUUGUUGUCGACAGUGAAGAUGAAGUGGACUUGAUGGUGCACUCUCGGCACCUAAGAGAUGUUAUUGUCCUUGUUAUUCGAGGCCUUGCUCAACGGUUCAAUAGUACAUCUCUUAAUUCACUCCUAAAAAUAGAAACAUAACUUCCAACAAAAAAAAAACAGACGUGUUUGUACUCUACAUUUUACAGGAGUGAGACUGCUUACAGGUGGAAUUUCCCCUUCCUCUACCCUGCCUUCGUUGCAGAAGCCAACUAUAUUUGAAAUUUGAAAUUUUUACCCUGUUCUUGUGUACUUUUGGGGGAGGCUGUUUUCCCUCCAAUUGUUGUGUGUUUUCCCUCCAAUUGUUGUGUGUUCUUUGUCUUGCAUCUUCUCAUGCGAUGUGCGCCGCCGCCAUGGUGAUCUCAGUGAACAUUGCUUGUUGUGGUCUUUACGAUUUUGGUGGUCCUGCAGAUUCUCUCU